AUGGGUUCUCCAGAAUACGUGCGGGCGCACUGGCGAGAGGACACGUUCUUUGGGUACCAGUUCCUGAACGGGGUCCACCCGGUGGUGAUCCGGUGCUGCACGGAGCUCCCCUGCAACUUCCCUGUCACAUCGGCCAUGGUGGCCUCCUCCCUGGGGGAGAGCACCAGCCUGCAGGACGAGCUGGAGAAGGGGAACAUCUUCCUUGCUGACUAUAAAAUCCUGGAGGGCGUCCCGGCCAACACGAUCAACGGCUACCAGCAGUACAUCGCCGCGCCCCUCUGCCUGCUGCACCUGCAGCCCUCUGAGGAGCUAAUCCCUGUGGCCAUCCAGCUCAGCCAGUGCCCAGGCCCCGCCAGCCCCAUCUUCCUGCCCAGCGACUCCGAGUGGGACUGGAUCCUGGCCAAGACCUGGGUGCGCAACGCCGACUUCCAGAUGCUCAAGGCUGUCAGCCACCUGCUGCUCACCCACCUGAUCAACGAGGCCUUCUCCCUGGCCACCCUGCGCCAGCUGCCCAUGUGCCACCCGCUCUUCAAGGGCAUGAGCAUGGGACGCAAAGGGGUCAGCACACUGAUAGCCAAGGCCAUGAAAUGCCUGACCUACGACUCCCUGUGCUUCCCGGACGAUGUAGAGGCCCGCGGGGUCGGCUCCAUCGCCAACUACUUCUACCGGGACGACGGACUCAAGAUCUGGUUGGCCAUCGAGAGCUUCGUCUCCGGCAUCAUCGGACACUAUUACCACAGCGAUGCCCACGUCCUGGCCGACUGCGAGCUGCAGGCCUGGGCAGAUGAGAUCUUCCAUGAAGGCUUCCUGGGGAACCAGGCAUCCGCCUUCCCCUCGUCCCUGCAGAGCAUCCCUGAGCUCAUCAAGUACCUAACCAUGUGGAUCUACUGCUGCUCGGCCCGGCACGCCACCCUCAACAACGGGCAGUAUGAGCUCGGAGCUUGGAUGCCCAACUUCCCGGCCACCAUGAGACACCCCCCACCCCAGGCCCAGGGCACCACCUCCCUGGAGAGCUACCUGGACACCAUCCCGGAGGUCAACAGCACCAGCCUCAUCGUCUUCACCCUCUGGGUCAUCUGCUGCGAGCCGGGGGACUCGAGAUCCCUGGGCACGUACCCUGACGAGCACUUCACGGAGGAGGAGCCCAAGCAGCUGAUUGCAGUCUUCCAGGGGCGCCUGGCCCAGAUCUCCCAGGAGAUCCAAGAGAGGAACAAAUCCCUGCCCAUCUCCUACCGCUACCUGGAUCCCCACCAUAUCGAGAACAGCACAUCCAUCUGA